CUAGCAUACAAUGUUUUACAAACGCCAUUGACGACCACGACAGGAGCCAAGCCUCAGUUUUUGACAACUCGAGUAUCUCUGAGAAAAAGCUCCUUGGUCGCUUCAACACUUGUCUUUCCCUAUUAUCGACCUACGCAGUAAAUAAGAUUACUUAUUGCUAUCUUUUAGCUGAUGCAAUCUCGCGCAUUGUCGCGCCUGAGAAGUUACUACAAAAGAUCAUCGGUAUUUCCCAGCUCAGACAAUGACCGAUCCGUGCAACUAUUUAAUCUCGUACGUUCGAUUUACUCUUCCAGCUCAAGACCACGUGUGCCACAACCCGAAUGGCUGAUUGGGGAGCUGUGCAAAGUAGGUAAAAUUGCAGAAGCACGCAAACUGUUCGACGGAUUGCCUGAGAGAGAUGUGGUCACAUGGACGCAUGUGAUUACUGGGUAUAUUAAGUUAGGGGAUAUGAGAGAAGCUAGGGAAUUGUUCGAUAGGGUUGAUUCUAGGAAAAAUGUGGUGACUUGGACAGCCAUGGUUAGUGGGUACUUGAGAUCUAAGCAGCUUUCUAUAGCUGAGAUGCUUUUUCAGGAAAUGCCUGAGAGAAAUGUAGUUUCUUGGAAUACUAUGAUUGAUGGGUAUGCUCAAAGUGGGAGAAUUGAUAAAGCCCUGGAACUGUUUGAUGAAAUGCCUGAGAGAAACAUUGUUUCUUGGAACUCAAUGGUUAAAGCGCUGGUGCAGCGUGGGAGGAUAGAUGAGGCGAUGAAUCUAUUCGAAAGAAUGCCUAGAAGGGAUGUCGUUUCAUGGACUGCUAUGGUCGAUGGAUUGGCAAAGAACGGUAAGGUAGAUGAAGCGAGACGACUUUUUGAUUGUAUGCCUGAGAGAAAUAUCAUUUCUUGGAAUGCAAUGAUCACAGGUUAUGCACAAAACAAUAGGAUAGACGAAGCUGACCAACUCUUUCAAGUGAUGCCGGAGAGGGACUUUGCUUCAUGGAAUACAAUGAUCACAGGAUUUAUACGGAAUAGGGAAAUGAACAAAGCAUGUGGUUUAUUUGACCGGAUGCCUGAAAAGAAUGUCAUUUCCUGGACCACGAUGAUUACAGGAUAUGUCGAGAAUAAAGAGAACGAAGAGGCACUUAAUGUUUUCUCAAAGAUGUUAAGGGAUGGCAGUGUUAAGCCUAACGUAGGAACUUAUGUGAGCAUUUUAAGCGCCUGUAGUGACUUGGCUGGGCUUGUAGAAGGGCAGCAGAUUCACCAGUUGAUAUCUAAGUCGGUCCACCAAAAGAACGAAAUUGUGACUUCAGCGCUUCUUAACAUGUACUCGAAAUCCGGUGAACUGAUUGCUGCUAGGAAGAUGUUCGAUAAUGGACUGGUAUGCCAGCGGGAUUUGAUAUCAUGGAACAGUAUGAUUGCGGUUUAUGCACAUCACGGGCAUGGGAAGGAAGCAAUUGAAAUGUAUAACCAGAUGCGGAAACACGGGUUCAAACCUAGUGCGGUGACCUAUCUGAACUUGCUAUUUGCGUGCAGCCAUGCCGGACUGGUAGAGAAAGGAAUGGAGUUCUUUAAGGAUCUUGUGAGAGACGAGUCACUUCCUCUGCGAGAAGAGCACUAUACGUGUCUUGUGGAUCUCUGCGGUCGUGCUGGUAGAUUGAAAGAUGUUACAAAUUUUAUCAACUGUGAUGACGCUAGGCUGUCAAGAUCGUUCUAUGGAGCGAUCUUAUCCGCUUGUAAUGUUCACAAUGAAGUGAGUAUUGCUAAGGAGGUGGUGAAGAAGGUAUUAGAAACAGGGUCGGAUGAUGCUGGGACUUAUGUAUUGAUGUCUAAUAUAUAUGCGGCGAACGGGAAAAGGGAAGAAGCUGCAGAGAUGAGAAUGAAGAUGAAGGAGAAAGGGUUGAAGAAGCAGCCGGGUUGCAGUUGGGUUAAGGUGGGGAAGCAGAACCAUCUUUUUGUUGUUGGAGACAAGUCACAUCCUCAGUUUGAAGCCUUGGAUUCGAUAUUAUCCGAUCUUCGCAACAAAAUGAGAAAGAACAAGAACGUGACUUCAGAUGCGGAAGAAGCUGAGUUCUUGGUUAUUUGAAUUCCCUCUGCAUAGCGGAGAUGUAUUCAGACUCCUCGAUAUAAGAUCGGUGAACGGAUUUAUUCAAGGCAUUUGGUGUUGGACUAAGCAAUUCAACUGCCCGAAGCAUCUUGACGAUAAGGAUAUGAUAUGACGUAGCUUGCAGGAGAUUUUCUGUUUGUAGUUUGUUGGCAUAUAAAAUGCAAUUGAUACAUCUUAGCCUUAUAGGUUACCAUUUUUUGUAUGAUUCGAAAUUUCAUGAUAUAUACCAGUUAGUUCUGAUUACUCAUUCAUUCCUUGUUCUUUGUUAUAAAAGGAUUUGUGGUGGGUCAAUUAAUAAUUCAUUUCCUGCCAAAUUCGAGCUUACUCAAAC